AUGUCAAAAACUGAGCUGAAAAGGUUACAGACACAAGUUGAAAAUGUUGGAAAAAUCAAUAACAUAACGUCAGGGAUGAAUGUGGAAGGUGGACACGGCGGCGUGGCCAUACCGCCGGCUAAGCCAUUCUUGAAGUGGCUCAAGUACUCUCUCAAGGAGACUUUCUUUCCCGAUGAUCCCCUGAGGCAGUUCCAGAACCAGCCUCCUUCUAAAAGGUUCCUGCUCGCCCUUCAAUAUUUCUUCCCCAUCUUCCAGUGGGCUCCUCGCUACACUCUCCACUUCCUCAAAUCUGACCUCAUCGCCGGCAUUACCAUCGCCAGCUUGGCUAUUCCUCAGGGCAUCAGCUACGCCAAGCUCGCCAACCUCCCUCCCAUUCUUGGCCUCUAUUCGAGCUUCCUACCGCCAUUGAUUUAUGCCAUGAUGGGAAGCUCGAGGGAUUUGGCAGUAGGAACCGUGGCCGUCGGAUCGCUUCUCAUGGCUUCAAUGUUGGGCAGUGUCGUUGAUCACAACGGCAACCCAAAGCUUUUUCUCCACCUCGCCUUCACUGCUACUUUCUUCGCCGGCAUUUUUCAGGCUGCGCUGGGCCUCUUUAGGUUAGGGUUUAUCGUGGAUUUUCUGUCACAUGCAACCAUAAUAGGGUUCAUGGGAGGAGCAGCGACGGUGGUAUGCCUGCAACAGCUAAAAUCCAUUCUGGGGCUGGAGCAUUUCACGCACGACGCCGAUCUCGUCUCCGUGAUGCGAUCCGUUUUCACCCAAACGCGUGAGUGGAGGUGGGAAAGCGCCGCGUUAGGAAGCUGUUUCAUUUUCUUCCUCCUCAUCACCAGAUUCUUCAGCAAAAGACAACCAAAAUUCUUCUGGGUGUCAGCAAUGGCGCCGUUGACGACCGUUAUCUUUGGAAGCAUCCUGGUUUACUUCACUCAUGCGGAGAAACACGGCGUUCAAGUGAUAGGAGACUUGAAGAAGGGGCUAAAUCCAGGUUCCCUCACAAAUCUGGUAUUCGAGGCGCCUUAUAUGAGCACUGCUAUUAAGACUGGCCUUGUCACUGGCAUCAUAGCUCUUGCGGAAGGAAUAGCAGUAGGAAGAAGCUUUGCAAUGUACAAGAAUUACCACAUUGAUGGCAACAAAGAGAUGAUAGCUAUUGGGACCAUGAACAUAGUUGGUUCCUUCGCUUCUUGCUACCUCACCACCGGGCCAUUUUCACGUUCAGCUGUGAACUAUAAUGCUGGAUGCAAGACUGCAGCAUCGAAUAUAGUAAUGGCAAUAGUGGUUAUGUUGACGUUGUUAUUCCUGACACCCUUGUUCCAUUACACUCCCCUGGUGGUUCUAUCAGCUAUCAUAGUGUCAGCAAUGCUCGGACUUAUAGACUACCAAGCAGCCAUCCAUCUCUAUAAGAUUGACAAAUGUGAUUUUCUAGUGUGCAUGAGUGCCUACAUUGGAGUCGUCUUUUGCAGCGUUGAAAUUGGACUUGUCAUAGCGGUUGCAAUAUCUGUACUUAGGGUACUUCUCUUUGUUGCAAGGCCAAGGACAUCUGUUUUGGGCAACAUUCCAAAUUCUGCAGUAUAUAGGAACGUUGAACAAUAUCCAAAUGCAAUCCACGUUCCUGGAAUUCUAAUUCUCGAGAUUGAUGCACCUAUAUACUUUGCUAAUGCAAGCUAUUUGAGAGAGAGGAUCACAAGGUGGAUUGAUGAAGAGGAAGACAGGAUUAAAAGUACAGAGGAGACAAGCUUGCGGUAUGUUAUAAUCGAUAUGACUGCCGUUGCGAACAUCGACACUAGUGGAAUAAGCAUGCUUGAAGAGAUCAAGAAGAUUGUAGAUAGAAGAGGACUUCAGCUUGUUCUGGUCAACCCCGGAGGCGAGGUGAUGAAGAAAUUAAACAAAGCCAAGUUGAUAGAGGAGAUAGGGCAGAAAUGGAUACAUCUAACAGUAGAAGAAGCAGUAGAAGCAUGCAACUACAUGCUUCACACAAACAAAACCAACCCCACGAAGAAUGAAUCAGAGGGUUGGAACAAUGUGUGAAAGAUGCGUGCAUGGGUGUACUAAUUUCUGAAGCUAACAG